AUGCCGUUUGGAGAAGGGCUCUUAGGGGGCGAAGCUUUGCGGCAAGCGACGGCUCACGGAGAACGGACAGCCAACGGAGGGGUGGUGUCCGGGGGCAAAGCCUUGCAGCAAGCGACCGCUCACGGAGAACGGAGAGCCAACGGAGGGGUUGUGUCCGGGGGCGAAGCCUUGCGGCAAGCGACCGCUCACGGAGAACGGACAGCCAACGGAAGGGUUGUGUCCGGGGGCGAAGGCUUGCAGCAAGCGACGGCUCACGGAGAACGGAGAGCCAACGGAGGGGUUGUGUCCGGGGGUGAAGCGUUGCGGCUCACGGAGAACGGACAGCCAACGGAAUCCUCCAAGAAGGCGGAAACAUCCGACACCGUGGCGGCUGACACGCCGAAAUCGGCCCCUGACGAUGUGCAAGAGGUCAGCAGUCGGCUUCAUUGGCUUGGAGAGUGGGAACCGGCACCUAUGGACGUGCCUAUGGAUGCGCCUAUGGACCCGCCUAUGGACCUGCCUAUGGAUGCGCCUAUGGAGCCACCUAUGGACGCGCCCAUGGAAGCGCCUAUGGAUGCGCCUAUGGACCUGCCUAUGGUUGCGCCUAUGGACCUCAGUGAUGCAGCAGAAGCCCCGUCAGUACCGCAAGGCUCGGAUGAGACCGAGUGGGCCAAGCCGAAUUUCCUGGCCCCGUCAGAGACGCCUGAGGAGCCCUUGCUGGAAGCAGCAUCCCACAACCUACCAGAUACUUGGGUU